UCGUUUAAAUCAGAAGUUUCGUCACCAGUUCCGUAGUCCAGUUUGUUACCAAUGGAUAUCAGUAGUAGUGUACAGAAACCUUUUUACACGAAACAAUAUGUUGCUGCGGUGAUUGCAACUCUCGGUGCAUUCUCGAUUGGCACUAUUUUCGGCUGGAGUUCGCAAGCUGAGCCGAGAAUUUUGAAUAAUAAUGGUGAAAUCGAUUACAACAUUGAUCGGGAGGAAUUCGCGUGGGCGGUGGCCCUGAUGGGUCUCGGCGGAGCGAUAAUAAGCAUUCCUGCUGGAUUGGUCGUAAAGCGGCUGGGAGCCCGGAGAACGUUGCUGUUUUUUGUUGCUCCUACCACAGUGGGCUGGGUGCUGAUCAUAUGGUUUCGGAAUGCUGGAAUGUUGCUGGUUGGACGGCUUCUCACCGGCUUCGGAGCGGGUGCCUUCUGUAUGGUUGUACCCAUCUACAUUGGCGAAACGGUUUCGGCCGAAAUUCGUGGCACAGCCGGGUCACUUUUUCAGCAGAUGAUUAACCUGGGCAUACUUUACGCGUACCUCAUCGGAAUGGCGUCGAGCGUGUUCACGCUCAGCAUCCUGUGCGGCAUCGUGCCGAUCGUUUAUGGUGCACUGUUUUUCUUCAUGCCCGAUACGCCCACCUAUUUGGUGUUACGCAACGAUGCACCAAAAGCCGUUGCGUCCAUCAAAUGGUUACGUGGAGCGCAUUUUGAUGCCACAGCGGAGGUGGAUGAGAUUCGUAAUCAUUGUCAGCCGACGGUCGCUGGUUACAAGAAGCCCUCUAUGUGGCACUCCUUCCGGCAGCCAGCAACGGUACGAGCGCUGAUCACAAUGCUAGGGCUUAUGUUUUUCCUUCAAAUGUCAGGUGUUAAUACGGUGCUAUUCUACACGACGUCCAUAUUUCAGUCGGCGAACGUAGUCAUCGAACCGGAACUAGCCACCAUCAUCAUUGGCGCAAUGCAAGUAUUCGGAACGUUGGUCUCGUCGGUCAUAGUGGACCGCGCUGGACGCAGGGUACUGCUCAUGGUGUCCGGCGGCGCCAUGAUGGUCAGUGCGUUGGCGUUCGGAAUCUAUCUGCUGCUGCUCGAGUCCGACGGAGAUGUAGCCAGCCAGGUGGCGCAGCUGGGCUGGAUUCCGGUUGCCGCUCUCUGUGUGUAUGUGACACUUUUCUCCGUCGGGCUGGGACCGGUGCCAUGGCUGAUGCUGGGGGAAAUAUUUGCCUCGGACGUAAAGGGACCGGCUAGUGCACUGGCAAACAUGACAAGCUUCGGGCUUUCCUUCGUGCUGUCCAGGUUAUUUCCACUGGCGUGGGACAGCAUCGGCGGUGGGCCGACAUUCAUCAUUUUCGCUGGCUUCUGCUUGCUGGCCGUGGUGUUUGUGGUUCUCGUCGUACCGGAAACGAAGGGUAAGUCACUCGGGGAGGUACAAAUCAUGCUAGCGUCCGGUGGACGCAAAGCUGCAGCGCCGAUGUUCGGUAAAUAA